GUUUAUUCAAUCGACUGCAAUGACGCAGAAAGUAACACGAAGCUUUCCAGUUAGUCACAGAGCCCUCUAUAGUAUAAUUACUAAUCGAGGCCUUACGAUUAAGCGACUGCAACGGCAACGGCAACUCUAGGGGACUGGAACGGUCGCGCGGUUGACGUUGCCGUUUCCCGCUUAAAUUUAACCUUACGAUUGCAUGUGCUAAGACUUUAGUGUGUUAAUAAAGAUUCAUUAAAUUUUAAUAUGCCGAGUCUUAGGGAAAUUACUGUGUUCGCUCAUGCUUUGAACGCGAUAGAUAACGAAGAAUUUGCUCUGCUAUACGAUGUAAAUAAACCCAAAAGCCCUAGGAUACCGUUUUGGCGUUAUGAAGACUUCGAUUUAGAUCGAAUGACAGAUGAUGAAUGUUUAGCAGAAUUUCGCUUCUUUCGAAAUGAUAUUUACAACCUUGCUGAAAUAUUGGAAUUGCCUGGGGAAAUAAAAUGCUAUAAUGGACUAAAAGUAGGCAACAUUGAGGGGCUAUGUAUUUUUUUGAAGAGGUUUGCUUAUCCGUGCAGAUAUAUUGAUAUGAUUCAUAGAUUUGCCAGACCUGAACCUCAGUUGUGCAUGAUAUCGAAUCAAGUUCUGAACGUAAUUCAUGAACGAUGGCAUCAUUUGCUCACUGAUCUUAACCAGGCAUGGUUGCAACCAGAAAAUUUAGAGGAAUUUGCCACAGUUAUACACCAAAAGGGAGCAGCUCUUAACAACUGCUGGGGGUUCAUCGACGGGACUGUUCGUCCUGUUGCACGACCAGGUCGAUUGCAACGUACACUUUAUAAUGGACACAAGAAAGUUCAUGCCAUUAAGUUUCAAUCUAUUGCAACACCAUCAGGCAUGAUAGCUAAUCUUUAUGGUCCAGUCGAAGGAAAAAGGCAUGAUAGUGCAAUGCUUGCCCAAUCUGGUAUUCUCAACAUGUUACAGCAAUGUUCAUUUAACAUGCAAGGGGAUAUUUUAUGCAUAUAUGGUGAUCCUGCAUACCCUCUCAGACCACAAUUACAGGGCCCUUUCCGAGGAGCUGUAGUUACAGAACAACAAAAACAAUGGAACAAAUAUAUGAGUCAAGUGAGAAUAGCUGUUGAAUGGUUGUUUGGUGACAUUGUAAAUUACUUCAAAUUUUUGGACUUUAAAAAAAAUUUGAAAGUACAUUUGAGUGCAGUUGGGAAAAUGUAUGUUGUGUGUGCUCUUAUAGAAAAUGCAAGGGCAUGCCUAUAUGGCAAACAACAGCAAAAUACUUUGGCCUUGACCCACCCACUAUACACAAUUACUUCAUGUAAAUGAUUAAAAAAAUGCCAUUGUUCAUAAGAAAUUGUUUCAAAACAGAACAUUAAUAAAUGGAUUUAAAUGCAAAAAUUUAAACAUUUGCACAAUAGUUGUAAAAUAUGAAAGACAGCAUGAAAAUGCAUAUACUUUUUUACAUAUUUACUU